CGCGGCGCGCCCCUCCUCGCCCCAGCGCUAGCGGGCACGCGGCUCUUCCGAGGGCUUCCGAGUGCCAGGCGCCGGCCGGCUGCGAAGACACGGGGGGCCGUGUCUCCGAUUGAAAUCACAAAAGAUACAUACACGUGUUCUUCUUAAGAGAAAAAGGAAAUCCGUGUACUUUAUUGUCGGCUUCCAAAGAUUACUAACUUCUAUCUGUAGCAUUAAAAUUGAACUGCCUUGGCUAUACUGAUCCUCUCCCUGCUGCUUCCAUUAUUGCCUUCUUCAGCAAAAUAAGGCUUUUUGCAGCCAAAGAAUAACAAGACACAAACACCACUAUAGAAGCCUUGCCACUAUGAAACUUAGGCUAAACGUGCUCACCAUUAUUUUGCUGCCUGUCCACUUGUUAAUAACAAUAUACAGUGCCCUUAUAUUUAUUCCAUGGUAUUUUCUUACCAACGCCAAGAAGAAAAACGCUAUGGCAAAGAGAAUAAAAGCUAAGCCCACUUCAGACAAACCCGGAAGUCCAUAUCGCUCUGUCACGCACUUCGACUCGCUAGCUGUCAUAGACAUCCCUGGAGCCGACACUCUGGAUAAGUUAUUUGAUCAUGCCGUGUCUAAGUUUGGGAAGAAGGACAGCCUUGGGACCAGAGAAAUCCUAAGUGAAGAAAACGAAAUGCAGCCUAAUGGAAAGGUUUUUAAGAAGUUAAUUCUUGGGAACUAUAAAUGGAUGAGCUAUAUCGAAGUGAACUGCAGAGUGAAUAAUUUUGGUAGCGGACUCACUGCCCUGGGACUGAAACCAAAGAACACUAUUGCCAUUUUCUGCGAGACCAGGGCCGAAUGGAUGAUUGCGGCCCAGACCUGCUUUAAGUACAACUUCCCUCUUGUGACUUUGUAUGCCACACUUGGCAAAGAAGCUGUAGUUCAUGGGUUAAAUGAAUCUGAGGCUACCUACCUGAUUACUAGCGUUGAACUUCUGGAAAGUAAACUUAAGACUGCAUUGUCAGACAUCAGUUGUGUUAAACACAUCAUAUAUGUGGACAAUAAGACUAUCAAUAAAGCAGAAUACCCUGAAGGAUUUGAGAUUCACAGCAUGCAAUCAGUAGAAGAAUUGGGAUCCAAGCCAGAAAAUGUGAGCGUCCCUCCAAACAGACCGACCCCUUCGGACAUGGCCAUUGUCAUGUAUACCAGCGGCUCUACUGGCCGUCCCAAGGGAGUGAUGAUGCACCAUAGCAAUCUGAUCGCUGGCAUGACUGGCCAGUGUGAGCGAAUUCCCGGACUGGGACCGAAGGACACGUACAUUGGCUACUUGCCUCUGGCUCACGUACUAGAAUUGACCGCAGAGAUAUCUUGCUUUACCUAUGGCUGUAGGAUUGGGUAUUCUUCUCCACUUACACUCUCUGACCAGUCCAGCAAAAUUAAAAAAGGAAGCAAAGGGGAUUGCACUGUACUGAAGCCUACACUCAUGGCAGCUGUUCCGGAAAUCAUGGAUAGAAUUUAUAAGAAUGUUAUGAGCAAAGUCCAAGAGAUGAAUUAUAUUCAGAAAACACUGUUCAAGAUUGGGUAUGAUUACAAAUUGGAACAGAUCAAAAAGGGAUAUGAUGCACCACUUUGCAAUCUGUUACUGUUUAAGAAGGUAAAGGCUUUGCUGGGGGGGAAUGUCCGUAUGAUGCUGUCUGGCGGAGCGCCACUGUCACCACAGACACACCGAUUCAUGAAUGUCUGCUUCUGUUGCCCAGUGGGUCAGGGUUACGGACUCACAGAAUCGUGUGGUGCUGGGACAGUUACUGAAGUUACUGACUAUACUACUGGCAGAGUUGGAGCCCCUCUCAUUUGCUGUGAAAUUAAGCUAAAAGACUGGCAGGAAGGCGGUUAUACAAUUCACGACAAGCCGAACCCCAGAGGUGAAAUUGUAAUUGGUGGACAGAAUAUCUCCAUGGGCUAUUUUAAGAAUGAGGAGAAAACAGCAGAGGAUUAUUCUGUGGAUGAAAAUGGCCAAAGGUGGUUUUGUACUGGUGAUAUUGGAGAAUUUCAUCCUGAUGGAUGUUUGCAGAUUAUAGAUCGUAAGAAAGACCUGGUGAAGUUGCAAGCAGGAGAAUAUGUAUCUCUGGGAAAAGUAGAAGCAGCACUGAAGAAUUGUCCACUUAUAGACAACAUCUGUGCAUUUGCCAAAAGUGAUCAGUCCUAUGUGAUUAGUUUUGUGGUUCCUAAUCAGAAAAGGUUGACACUUUUGGCACAACAGAAAGGAGUGGAAGGAUCUUGGGUUGAUAUCUGCAAUAAUCCUGCCAUGGAAGCUGAAAUACUGAAAGAAAUUAGAGAAGCUGCCAAUGCCAUGAAAUUGGAGCGAUUUGAAAUUCCAAUCAAGGUUCGCCUAAGUCCGGAGCCAUGGACGCCUGAAACUGGUUUGGUCACAGAUGCUUUCAAACUGAAGAGGAAGGAGCUGAAGAACCAUUACCUCAAAGACAUUGAGCGAAUGUACGGGGGCAAGUAGAAUGCUGCCUCUCAUUUACAGCUGUGCAGGAGGUGGCUUGGCGGGUUUUCAGUUCUAGAGUUUUAAGCCUUGUUGAGCUGUUAGAAUGUAAGGGGUAUAUCAUUCUAAAGACAUGGUAAUUAAAAAAAAAACCCAAAGUGAUUAAGAUAGUCAUUGAGUCUACUUUAACUUAAUUUUGCCUAGUUCUCAUGUGGCUGAAAUUGAAAAGUUGUUUCCCUUUAGCUGUGUUAUUAAUUUUAGAGCAAAAAUUCUGUUUUAAAAAUUAGCCCAAGAUAUGCUUGUUUUCUUAAAGGAAAAUAAUGUGGAACAAAAUAAAUUGGAGUAGAAUGUAGUUUGCAGCAAUUUGUAUCUUCCAAUGUCUAUUGUCUUCCUAGUUCAGAAGAAGCUUAAAAUACUAAGCAUGACAAAAAAAAUAUGUAUUAACACUACUCAAAGCAGGAGUUCUGCAGGGCUUUGAAAUUCUCUUCCAACCAUUUCUCUUGAAGGCAAAAUUCAAUCAUAAUAUAAUAGAAUCAAAUAGUAGUACCUUGGAAACCAUUUUAGGAUUCAUAAUUGUUGGCAUAAGUUAGAUGUAGAAUCAUUGUAAUAUUGUGAAUAAUUACAGUGCCCGAAGUCUGAGUACAACAACGUUAAACACACCAAAAAUAUUUAGUAAUAUAUUUUUAAAGGGAAAUUGAACUGGUUUUCUGAAACUUGGAGGUCUUAAAAUCAGUAACUAAUUAUUUGAAUGAUUAAGGGUAAAUUAUGUUAAAGACUGCCAAAAAUUGUCUGUCUUUUCCAAAGAAAAAACUGAGACCAAGAGUAAGAUGAUAAAAAAUGAAUCCAAUUUUAACAGGAAGCACUUUCUUUGUUUGAAAAGGUGAAAGCAUCGUAAAUAUUUAGAAUUCUGAUCCUUGCAUAGCACUGAACCUAGGAAAGAAUUUCAAUUUGGAAUUUACCUAUGACAACAGGGAUUGAUUUGAAAAUGUCCUCGUAUUAAAUUACACUUGGAACUGAAGGUCUGUUUGCUGUUGCUGAUUUGAUUCUUGAUCCGUAGUUUAUUUCAGAAAGCCUUUCAUUUAGCUUUAAUGUGAGCAAAGCGGGUUAUGAUGACUGACUUUCCCAAUAUCUUGUUUGGAUCUCUGAGUGAUGACUUAACAUGGAUGAGUUUGGGGAAGUGACAGGGAAAGAACACACUGUUACCACUAUUUUCCUGAUUGUGUGAAAAGUUUAGAAACUGGAAAUGCUCAAUAUGGGCAAAGGGAAGAUAGUCAGUAAGGGACUGAUACUUGUGCAGCAAUUUGGCAUGUGGGCUUCUUUUUGACUCUUUCAUUAAAAUCUGGGAUUCUAGAUCUGACAGGUUUUCACACUUGAACCAUAGUUACUGUAAAAAGCAAAAAUUCUUAAUACUGUUAUUCUUUGCACUUUUUUCUUAAUCAUUUUAUACACACACACAUAUGCAUAUAUAUAUAUGCAUAUAUAUAUAUAUAUAUGUUGCUUACAUUGCUUUGUACAGAUGUGGGCCACCACUGCAAUUAAAUACAUUCUUUUUUGCUCUAAGAUAUUUAUAAUGAAAAUAUUUAAAUAUUAUGUAUAUGGUGGUGAAAAGGAAAAAAUAAAUAAUCUGAUGUUAUUAUAAGCAAGAAUGAAGGUUUUUGUAAAGAUUUCUGUUCAGUGUUCUGCAGUGUCCAAUUCAAGGCAAGUUCUCUCUGAAGUUAUGUGUAUGUGAUUAUUCUCAUUUUUCCCAACUUGCCUUGGAAGCUUGAAAAACCACUGUCAUCAAGUAGACUACUAUUCAGCUUCUACUGUUUUGGCCCACUGUUGAUCCUUCAAGGACAAGUCCCUUAGAUUUUUUUUUUCAAUAUGUGAAUUGUUUUCCCAUCUGGAAUGGUGAUUUCAAAUAUGUGAAUGCAUGCAUACUCCCGUGUUUGCACCCCUGCCCAGUCCCAUCUCCUGAAAGCUAGAACACUGCCAACUAAUCUGUUGUAUAAGGUCCUUUAGAAACAUGGAAUCAACACAAAGUUGGGUGCUGCUAAUUCUUUGAGAAAAUCCAAAUAUUGUUAAGGGACCAAGGGAGAUGCCACUACCCCCCUGAUUUUUCAUCAGAAAAAAAAAUACAUGGUUAUGUAAACCGAUCUUACCAUAUUCAUAGUGACUUUUCAAGUAUUUGAGCCUAAAGAUUUUAAUCCUACAUUUUUAUACCUGUUUAAAUUGUUCACUGUUAUGACGUGUCAGCCAUCAAAUGAAGUUGUACUUUAAAAAUUUACUACAAUUCUGUACAUUUCUAAGUUGAACACUUGUGACUUUUGCUUUAAUGACAUGAAAAUAUCUUGCCUCCUGAUACUUGUAUUGCUUCUUUUCUUUUUCUUAGAGCAGAGGUAUAAUUGUAUAGCUUUCAGAACUGAGAUACAGGUAAAUGAUUCAAAGAGUCAGAAGUUAAGGACAGGAAUGUUUCUUUUGGGCAUAAAGGCUGAUUAAUAAUAAUCCUUGCCUGUGUUUUCCUGAUAGCAUAUGAUGGAUAUGUCUGAGGUGACAGAAUGAGAACAGGUUAAUUAUUGUGUCAUAUUUGGAACUCCAGAGGAAUGUUUUAAUUUUCAAAAGUAGUUACAAAUUAGAAUGUAUUCAUUUUUUGUACUUUCUGUUAAAAUGCAUGAUCGCGGGGUUGUUACUUCGAUUUUUGUGUUUAUUCCUAAUGAAAAGCUUGGUUUGUUCUUGUUUUUUAAGUUUGCACUCGAAUCUUAAGAAAUAAAUCCACACAUGUUAUCAAGCUGA